UGCUUUGAAAUAAACCAUGUCUGCUGUUUGGAAAGACUCGAUAGGUAAUCGCCGAGAGCAGUUCUCGUAGUAAGCGUGGCUCUGUUCUCUUCUCUUGUAGACGUAGAAAGCUUUAUGCAAGACUUGAAAUGGGAAUGGCGAACGAAUUAAGGAAAAACCCACUACGGGUAGGAAUGUACGAUAUCGAAAAGACGAUUGGAAAGGGGAAUUUCGCUGUUGUGAAAUUGGCGCAUCAUCGUACUACGAAAAGUCAGGUUCGUCUUGUUAUUGUGUGUAGAAUUUAUCCUCGGCUUUGAGUAUCAUUAAAGCCUCGUUUUUUGUAUAAACCCACUCAGUAUCUUUCAUUCGCUAUGUGAUAAUACUCUUUUAUGUUGGUUUCUUCAACAGGUAGCGAUAAAAAUCAUCGACAAGACUUUGCUAGACGAAGCGAACUUGAAGAAGGUUUACCGCGAAGUACAAAUUAUGAAACUGCUACAUCAUCCUCAUGUUGUUAAGUUAUACCAGGUUAGUAUUGAUAUAUAUGAGAUCGUAUAAAUUCAUAGAUCAACUCAAAUACUUAUUUUGUAGAGUGGUUAUAAUGUUGUAUAAAUAGUGUACGUUGUUCCAUGUCGAACGAACAAUUUGUAUUAAACAUCGAACACAAUGUAAGUAUGUAUUAAACAGGAAUUUCACAUUCUAGGUGAUGGAAACGAAGAAUAUGCUUUAUUUGGUGACUGAAUAUGCCAGCAACGGCGAAAUGUUCGGUGAGUUUUAAAUCUAAUUGCACACAAAAUGACCUGGCCAACGACAUGCGGUUUUUGCGUCUUUACUGAUUGUAGCCGAAAGCGAAAUUCCAGCAUCCUGUUAAUUUCGACUUUGACGUAAAAGCAACUUUGUCUAGGCAGGGGUUUCAUACUUGUCUAUUAAUCAUACUCGAAUGUUCCAGAUGAAUUUAAUUUAUCUUAGUUAUAGUGCUUUAUAUACUGUCGCGUGGUCAGGGACUUUGCGUGACAAGGGACGGCAAAAUUCAAGCACGUAUCAAGCAUUUCACUGUCGGUUAUAUUAAAUUCUUGACCAAAGUUUGCUUGGUUUUGCGAAAUGCCAUACAACAAGGACUUAAGGACUAGGUUUAAGAUUUACAACGCAUGUUCAUUCGCCUAUAUAUUAACACCGAAGAUUGCCUAUGGCUAGCUGAUAUAUCUGCUUUACAAAACACUUAAAAUAUGUGUUCUUCCCUGGCUACACGGCACAUGAAGCACAGAUUUUUGUGAUAAUAUUUCGACUUCAUGUACUAUAAUAACCAUUCCUUACACAUGUAUGUAUACCUCGACUUGUCUGAGUUAUUUGUACUAUUUUGGCAUAAUGCUCAAGCAUUAAAACAGUGCAUGAUAACUACGUGAGACCAAUCUUUUAAUACGUCGACGUUUUUAUUGCUAGAAUAUUCUAGAUGAAUUUUAAUUACACAGAUAUUACAUACUCGGUCAUCCUUUCUAAAAUUAAAAGCACACUAAAGUUUAGCGCUACAAAAUGUUUUUCGUGCUUAUUAUAGGAUAAUGUUUACCACUAAAAGCAAGUAAAUAGACAUACGGUAAAAUCAUCAUGAAGCUAUCAUGUAAUUUGGGCAGAAACUUGGGUGCAGUUCGCCACAUUCCACCUACGUUUUCGCUUUCGAGUUGCUUAAUUUAGAACUGAGCUAUGUCUAGCACAGUCAGCAUUUAACCUCACUAAACCAAAGUGUAAUAUAGUGCUUAUUUUUUCCAAUGAUGCUCUCAACUUGCAUCUAUUUACAUACAUACAUUCAUUCAGUGAUGACUGAUAGCAGAAUAUUUUAACCCAUUUAAUCAUCAAGAGCACAGUGAGCAUAUAAAAUAUGAACUGACAAAGUAUGGCUUAUUGGGUUAGCUAUAAAGACAUGGGCACAUAGGUUAACCCAUUAAUGACCAGUGUUAAUGCCAAACCCUUUUCCUUGAUGUGAAAGGUUGUCUGGUGUAUAAACAUAGACAGAGUAAAGUUUCAAGCAAAUUCCAAAACUCAUGACACAGAAGAGCACUUGUACACAAAAUAUUAAAUUUAAAGUCUGGAUCAAAUGAGGAUGAGAGUACAUAAGAGUUGGUGCAGUCUACGACCUUUGUAUUUUAUUUAAGUUAGAACAUAGUUGGAACACUUAUCAAACCUUUAUUUUGUUCAUUUAGAGCUUGAAAUGCGAACAAUUUGUGACUGUCAACUCUCAUCCGCUUUCAUUCUCAUUUAACUGGGGUUUAUAAGUAACACUUUUGAAGGGCAUAUCAAAGUGCAUUGCAGCUCAUCAUACAUGAAAAUUGUAGAAAAAGGAGUAGUUCCUGAAAAUGUCUAGAAAUGCACAGGUUUUGUAAUAUGUAUCCCUUCCUUGUUUGAUUUAGAGCAUCUCGCAAAGAAUGGUCGGAUGUCAGAACGUGAUGCUAGAAAAACAUUUGCACAGAUACUCUCUGCUGUUGAAUAUUGUCACAAGAGGCAUGUCGUUCAUCGUGAUUUGAAGGUAAUUAUUGUCAGGAUACAUAGACACUAUCAUAUGCAACAAGUACGUGUUGCCAUAUGUUAGUACACAAAACUGUUUUUCAGACAGGUAUUAAAGUAAAACAUGUACCUUUUUUGUUUUGAUUCACUUAACCGCACACUGAUGCACCCUACUUUAUUAAUUUACUCUCUAACGAACGGCAGAUGAUUUUACUUGUCAAGGAGAGUGCUCCUGCUCAAUAGGUUAUUAAACAACCUAUUUCUACUUGUUUAUAAAGCAAUUUAUAUUGUUUACAUCCACCACUCACAUAAACAGCUUGUGUUUACAAAUGUAAUGAUAGUUUGACUGAUUUCAUCAACAUAUCCACACCUUCCAGGCUGAGGAAAUUUAAGGCUACCUCCCCCAGUCCCCCUUUAGGCCUGUUUUAUACGUCAAAUUUUGGUUGCGUUGAAUGCAAUUAAGACAAUAGAUAAUGAGAUUAUAAACCUCAUUAAGCUUCAUUAUCUAUUGUUACAGUAGCACCAAAAUAAUUAAUUGUAUGUUUUAAAAUUUCAUUACUGUUUGCUUAUAGUCAUGAUAAUGUGAAUAAAUGAUAAACCUCUUGUUCUUAUUUAUUUUAGACAGAGAAUUUGCUAUUAGAUUCAAAGAAUAAUAUCAAGAUAGCAGGUAAAAUGGCAUUCCUUUAUUGAAAUUUAGCAACUACACUUCAACAAUGAUGUGACUUAAGCAUUCUUGUUUGUAAUGAUUUUAAAUUGUAACAAUUAUUGUUAUAUCUUUUAUAGAUUUUGGUUUCAGUAAUCAUUACUCUCCUGGAAGCAUGCUCAAUACUUGGUGUGGAAGUCCGCCAUAUGCAGCUCCUGAAGUUUUUGAAGGCAAAGUUUAUGAUGGUCCACAACUUGAUAUUUGGGUAAGCAUCAUGCCAGCAAACAUGCUAGAUUUGGAUUACCUUUCUUUGUAUACAUAUAUAAAAUAUGUACACAUAACAUCUGGUGCAUGUUGUAACUUUUUGUUCUCUUAUUGAAUCAUGAAUUUAUUCUAUUAUUUUCAGAGCCUUGGUGUUGUAUUAUAUGUAUUAGUCAGUGGCACAUUGCCUUUUGAUGGCAAGAAUCUUCAAGAUUUACGAGAUCGUGUACUGGAGGGCAAUUUUAGAGUUCCAUUCUUUAUGUCACAUGGUAAGUUUUGAUGUCAAACCAUCCCUUGGUAGAGCUAGCUAGCUAUGUGAUUGCUCUCUGAAGCUUUGCUUUGUUUGUUAACCCUCAAACAGUGAUUUACAUCAUGCCUUGGUUCAUCUAAUAUAUUGUUUAUUGUUUACGUAAUAUUAUCUUAUUAUGAUACUAUAUUUUUGGGAAUUACUAUCCACUCCCUAUUUAACACAAAAUUGACCCAUGGAAAUGAUUUACCUCCUCAACUUCAUUAGAAUUACAAGGUCUGAUUAUGACAGCAAACUAUAUACAGUGAAAAACAUUACAAUCUUUUAAGACAAGUCUAGUUAAUUGGUUUGCGUAGUAAAACAUAUUUGUAAUUUCAUUAAUUCAUUUAUAUUUACUUCUUGCAGAAUGUGAAAACCUUAUCAAGCACAUGCUUGUUCGAGAUCCAAAACAAAGGUAUACUAUUGAACAAAUCCGCAAUCAUGAGUGGCUACGAAUGGAUCCCUCUGUCCAAGUGACACUCAACAUGAACUGUGAUUUGAACAGUGAAACAGACAGUGAGCCAGAGGAUUUAGAAGAUGAUGAAAGAGUGUACAAUGAACGUGCAUUGAGAUUGAUGGAAAAUCUAGGCAUUGAUAUCCCUACAACUAAAAAGGUAAUUAUUAUUUAUGAAACUUAGCGUUCUGUUGUAGUUACAAUCCAAAGUAGAAUGCCCUUGUUUAGUCUAGGAAAGAUUAAUUAUUGCAUGCAUGUUUACUAGGAAAUACACAUAACUCGUAGAUUUACUGACUGCAAUGUAAAAUGUUAGAGGGAACAUUUAACCUUUGAAAAAUCCCAAAAUACAUGAAUUUUAUGGUAAAAUAUCAAACAUGGUGAUGCCACUUCAUUUUCGGUUAUGGGAAUUGAUCGGUGUUAUUUAAAGUAGGAGAAAUAGACGUACAGUACAGCAACCUUACGAUUAUUUCAUUUCUUUCAGGCAAUUAACAACAGAGUGUAUGAUCAUCACGCAGCAAUUUAUUACCUCAUUGUUGACAAACUAAAACAACAUCGUUCUAGCUGUCCUGAACAAGAUGACGUUCAAACUCAGAUACGACGACCAAGUAGUGUAGCACAUACUGCCAUUGUUCGCUCAUCAUUCACCUGCUCUACUGCACCUGCCCUCCCUCAAGCUGUAUCAGUUGCCAGACGACCAAGAAGCUCUGUACCUGUGAAUCCUAUGGAAUUUGGUGGCUUAGAAGAACGAGUUCCAACUCCGCCAGAUAUUAGACAUGAGAUCCCUGGACUUUGUCGUCAAUUAAUGAACAAUAGCGUCCGACCACCAGCUCGUCGUAUGACCCACACUGUACCGCAGACUAUUCAGGAAAAUGUCGAACUUGACCGUGGUAAUGUACAUGGUAAUACUAUACCUAACGUGGGUAACCCUCCUGCUGCAGGGCGAAAACGGCGACAUACUGUCGGUGUACCCCCACAGGGUACUAUCAGCGUACCAUCAGAUCACCCUCUGCUCGCAGGGGGCUUAUCAAACACUAAUAAUACGAUGUACCAGAUUGAUCCAAAUCCUUCUAUAGUGGUUUCAUCAUGUGACCGGGUUGACUUCCCUUCUGCAGAUAGUGGUUUUCAUUCAUCAAACAUUGGAGAGCUGGUACAGGGACAGGCCACACGCCGCUUUUCUGAGGGGAAUAAUCCACACCUAGAGUUUCAUCAAACACGAACUUACUGCUCAUCUUCUCCGUUGCGAUUGAUUCAGGAGGAACACCAAAAACUACAAGAACUGUAUCAACCUUCUCUUACUCGUGCACAAAUGAACGAGCAACAACGUCUUCACAUUGUGUACAAGGAAAAAUACACGGAAAUGCAAGAUGAAUUAGAAAAGCAAUAUCAAAAAACUGUUCAGAAAGGUGAAACGGAAUUAACGGAUUCCAAUCCGCUUUCAUCGGAGUUUCAAAAGCUACAAAUCCAAAGACACACUUAUCAACCAGUUAUAAAGUCAAUGCCGCACAAACGUGUACCCAAGAAAAUUUCUCCAUAUUCAAUACACAGAACAAUUGAACGAAUAGACAGUGAUGAUAUUGAAUAUCCUCCGUCGGAAACGAACGACGAUUACAGACUUCUGUCGUUAUAAUUUAGGGUGGGAGGUAUUAAUGUGGGUCGGGUUUCUAUAUAUGUUUUGGGUAAUAUGUGAAACACCACGGUUAUUUAUCUGACAAAGAAUGUUAACUUAAGCGGAGGGUUUCCGAUUUGGUCACGAUUUUCACAACUACUCUGAAUUUUUGCACUUUAAAUGCAAUGUAAAUGAUGGGCUAUUGCAUGAGAACACGGUCGAGAUAAAAAUGAGUGUGAGAUUAUUUAUAGAAACAAAUGUGUGAAUAAGUAGAAAUUAUUGGAUAUCUGGAAUGGACACCGUUUUGUCAGAUAAAUAACCAAGACGUGUAAGUAAUGUGCUGUAGGUGGCAGAAGCUUUGUCUUUGUAUGCUUUAUUUAAUGGUAAUGUUCUGAAUGUUGUAUUUAUAAAAAAAAACUCGUAUCAUGUCUCUGAGGCUCUGUUGAAACGACCUUAAAGGGAAAUGAUUGACUUUUAUUUUCUAUUGAAAAUGGUAAAUUGAAUCGGUUGUUCAUAUUAUAUUUUGUACAUAUCUAUAAUUAAUAUUGUAAGAACAAAGAAUUAAAAAGAGAAUAUAUAUAUAUAUAUUAUAUGGUUAAAGUAUAAUCCC